AUGCCCAUCACCUGCUUCGUGACGGCCGAGUCGACGGACGAUCGGACGUCCUGGCGGAAGAUCCAAUACUCAGAGGAGCACCAAGUGUUGUUCAAGUACGAGGUGCAGAUGGAAGAAGCCUUCAGCAACCAGUGCGCUUGGAAUCGGCGCCCUGAGUGGACGAUUCUGCGACCUCCUCUGGGCCUGCAGGUGACGGAGGCCCAUGGCCAAGCACGUCGGCUAUUCGGCUUGCAGCUGGCCGAGACGGUGCCAGAGCGUGCAGCGCAGGCAGCCACCGGAUCCAAGCGCGAGGCCGCAGCGGAAAAGAAGGCAAGAGCGGCCUGCGCGGAACCAAUGCAGACCCCGACCCAGGAGGAGGCAGUCGAGGAUGACGUUGACGACGGGGACGUGGAGAAGGACGGGCCUGCCGAUGUGGAAGUGACCACGGAGGAACUCGUUACUUGCAUGAAAUUUAAACAGUUGCUGAUGGGUGUUGGUUUCCUUCCCUAUCUGUGUGUUCGCGUUCUUUCUGUGAUGAUAUGCUGGGCACGAGGGAAACAACUUGAGUCAACAAGCAACUUGUCAUUUUCCAACCUUUGGGCGAGCUCAUACAGCCGGCAGCUUAAAUGA